GUUUUUAUACUUAAGUUCAUAACAGUGGCUCAGGGUUCAGUGUUCAGGGUCAUUGUCCUGCUGAACUUCAGCUGGAGGACUCAGCAGGACAUUAUCCUGUAAGAUACAUUGAUAAACUUCAUUUUCCCCUUGAUGAUGUUGAGCUGUCCAAACCCAGACACAGUAAAAUCCCAAAUCAUGUUGACUCUGGACAGGUGUGUUUUGUAAUUGUGUGGUGGCAGAAGCAAACCCCUGGAGCCUCUGUGUGUAGCAGAUUAAUCAGUGUCUAAAUUGCUCAUGAGUGUGAAUAUUUUGUUUGUAGUGUUGUAGUUUGUAGUUUCAUAUGCCCCGUAACUGACAUGACCUCACAUUGUUACCUCACCACAGACCGUUGGUGGAUUGGGCGACUGCAACAUGAGGUUUUCUCCAGCAAAGCAACUGGAAACUAUUACUUUAUUCAGGUUUUUCCAUUUGUCACCCAUCUGUAUUUUCUACAUAAACACAUAUCUGAUAUUUAUGUGGGUUUUCUGCUUUUACACACAGAUUUUUUAAUUCAGAUCACAUUAAUAUUCAAUUUUUCCCCCAAUUUUGAAAACAGUAGCUCUGGUUUCAAUAAAAAAAAAGUGCAACAACCUGAACAACAACCUGCAGGCCUCUGAACACAUCACAGCCAUCUGCAUCAUCAAGGGAACAACAACUUCCUGAAUUAUCAUGAAAACACAGUUAAAAAUAUCCUCUGACCCUGUUCAGCAGAGUCUGGAGGACGAGGUCUCUCUCUGAAAUCCUCUCUGGAGUUACCUCUGAACUUCCAGCAGCUCUGCAGGUCUCAGUCACUGCUGUUCAUCUGCGGUUAUUUCCCUUUCAUUGUUAACUGGGUGUUCCACUUCAGAUCUUCCUCACUAUGAACAUGUUGCAACAUGUCAUGAGUAAUGUGACGCAGAGAUGUUGUAAAACACGAUUUGAUGACUUUAUGGAACCAGUGAAAAAUAUUCGUGCAGAAAGAAAACAGCAGUUUGACAGUAAAGUGGAAAUAUUAUUUCUGUCUGAGUUGAGUCUGAUUAAAAUGCUCUGGUAGAAACUGGUCUUUGGUUGAAGGAUGUCUGCAGCUGUGAAGACUUUAAUCCUGUUAUCAGUCUCUGAGGAAUUCACACACCCACACCCGACACAAUAAAUGAAAAAUCAAAUAGAAAAAUGACCCUGCCACUCGAUCCUUCAUUUCUCAACCCGGAAAAAAUCCUGAUGGGAAAAUACUGAGACAGAGAAGGAUAUCUGGGUAUUACUGUUGUGUGGGGUUUUCAUCACAGGCCCACAGGAACAGACACUACUACAAUAUCACUGAUGUGGCAUGAGAUUGACGGAGUUGAUACCUGUCAAACAGGACUUCCUCCUGGAGGAGCAGCCAACUCUGGAUGCUGGCUCUGUUGUGGGGUUCCCCAGGGGUCGAUCCCAGAUCCCAGACAUGUCAAUGAUUUUCACUGUGAUUUCCCUCUUCCUGAUAUUAACUGAUGCUUGUCUUACAGGUUUAAUCAUGAGGUUCUUAUAAUGUCUCUUUCUCAUGCAUUGAUAAAAGUGAUAUUUUUAUAGUAAAAGUGCAACAAAUGACAACAUGAAAACAAAGUUGCUUGUAGUGAUGAACCUGCAGAGAAUUAUCAGCUGAAUCUGCAGCUCCACUUGAGCUUGAGCUCAGCUCAUUGUGUAUUUGUCCAGACCACUGCUUUACAAGCUGUAAAAAAUCCACUGUCCACAACCUGCUCAGCAGCAAAUAGCAGACAGACACAGUCAGAAAGCAGCUGAACAUAGUGAAGCAUUUAGCAGCUGAAGAGCCAGAUAUUUCCCUCAAGAGGUGGUGGAGACCAAAACAGAGCAAAAAGAGAGGGAAUACUGGACAAAAACGACUGCAAAUGAAUGAUAAUAUUGCUCUGUAACUAAUAGAUGUGGAAAUACAUUCACAAAUCAGUCAUACGAACUUAAGAGGUGAUGAUAUGCCACUGCUGAAAACUUGUUUCUUCUGCUCCCAAGUGGCUAAACAAAAAAUUUGUUAUUGCAGGUUUAAGGUCAACAUCACUACAACCCAAAACUGAUUUUUGGUUUGGCCACUUGGGGGCAGCAGAAACAAGUUGUCAACAUUGACGUAUCAUGUUGAUAUGAUUUUUUAUUUUUAUGUUGAUAUGACUGAUUUGAGAACUUAUUUCCACAUCCAGCAGUUACAGAGCAAUGUUAUCAUAUUCAGAGUCAUUUAAGGCCAGUAUUCCCUCUCUUUUAGCUGUGCUUUUGGCCUCCACCACCUCCCGAGGAAAAUAUUUGGCUCAUAAAUAUCAGUCCCGAAUAAAAACAUCAGAUCUGUGUGGAGUGAUGCGGAGACUGGGGCCUCCCUCACAUUAAGGGCCUGUGAUUACAGGCUGCUGGAGGCGCCCAUGGCCAAAAUUUUUUGUUUGGCCACUUGAGCAAUUCUCUCAAGCAUUUAUUGUCGUAAUUGCAGUAUUGCAGUUUCUUUCCUCUGAAACAUCUCCCUCCACUCUCUUGUUUUCAAAUACUGAUCGUAGUAACUUUUCCAGGAUCAGCUUCUCCUCCAGCAGUGCUGAUGGUGUUGAUAUCAUAAGUCUAAGAGAAAGGAUUACAUUCAGGAAUGACUGUAAUUACUCUCACUGCCAGAGGAGGGAGACAAAAGUUUCACACUGCAGGUUUAAAACGUAGCUUCGCUUUAAUACCAAAACUAACACACUCCUUUAAUGCACCUUGUAGUCAUUUAAAUGUUGCAUAAUUAAAGGAUAAUUACACCACCACUGAAGAGUUGUAAGUGUUACAUAAUAUGACAAAAAUAAACUGACUAUACAAACAUCUAAUCUGAGCAAAUCUACUGUCAUAGGCUUUCCUUUGUUCUGUCUGAAGGAAGUUUAUAUAACACAAUGUUCCUGCUUCUAAUCCACCAGGGAGUACACACACACACACACACACACACACACACACAUGCAGAAAAAAGAGGAAAUGAUGUCACUGGAGAAGCACAAUAAAAAUGGUCUUAUAGCAAAUCGAUGACAAACACUAUUAGAGGUAGUCGUCACAACUUGACUGACAGUUAAUUUCCUCUUUAUGUAAUUGACAGUAAACACAGAUUGUACCAGCUCAGCACUGACCUGUGUGUGUGUGUGUGUGUGUGAUGGGGUUUUUUGGCUGGUUACCUGUCCUAUAUUUCUGCAGAGGGGGCGGAGGGUUGAUCUGUAUAAAGAGACAGGGCAGAGAGACAUCUUCACAACAGCAUCCACUGACAGCCAGCGCCAUCCUCAUUCUCCUGCCGCUGCUUCUGAUGGGCUGGGCCGAGCAGGCAGCAGCGCACCCUGUUGACCGCCCACUCAGCCAGCCUCUACGAAACCCGGAGACAUACCAGGCUGUCCGGGAAAUGUCGCAACAUGCUCAGGGGAUGCAGACAGAGGACGACUCCAGCACCAGACUGAUGCCCAAAGUCAACACUGACCAGGACCACCUGAAGAUCUGCUGCCUCCAUGCCAACAUCCUGGACUUCUACCUGAACAAUGUCCUGCGUCACAGUGACAACGGGCAUCCCAAAAUGCACCGGCUGAAGACUGACCUCACCCGAGUCAGCGAGGACCUGCAGGCACAUGGAUGUAAUGUGACUCACUACCACGAUCAUCAUCACAUCGUUGAGUUUCGCAACAAGCUCACCAAGUUGGGUGGUGAGCGAGGUAUUAACAAAGCCUUGGGAGAGAUCGACAUCCUGUUCACCUACCUGCAGGACUUCUGCAUCCAGCCCAAAAACUCCACCACUGCCGUCGCCGCUGCCGCACUCUGAUGCCUCAACUGUUUCUACUGUUUUUACUGAACACUGAGCAGAGAGACGCUUUUCUAUUUAUCAUAUUUAUCAUCUUUUAUACCAUCCACUUUUAUAAUUUUAUUUAUUCAUGUGUUUUAUUUGGAAAAAUAUUUAAUAUUUUUUAUAUUUAUAAAAAUUAUAUAUUUAUAAAAACUGGAGUAUGACUGAUUAGUUAUUGAUCUAUUUAUUGAUUAGAAUGUUUUAAUACCCGAGCUGAAAGGACUCUGGUGUUGAUCAUGUUGCCAUGUUAUGGCUGAUUAUUUUCAAAGGUGUUACAGUAUUUAAAUGUUCAUCAUUACACUCAGACUGUUGGACACACUGUGGAUGUUUCUGAAUGGAUUGUGUGUUACAAGAUUUACUUGAAAAUAAAUAAAGUUUGGU